CCAGCAACAAGCAACCCCCCCCCCCCCCCCCCCCCACUCGUGGAUAUCGCCAUUUCCCCAUGCCAGGACCGGACGAGAACACCGGUUAAUACUUGACGAGUUCUUCCGUCCGAGGGCAUAGAAAAGGAAUGCGACAAAAGACACCAGUUUUUUUUUCACGAUUAAAACAGCUAAUCAGAUUUUGAAAGCUACUUGAUACACCAUUUACUGUUCACUGGUUUCCACUUCAAUAUCUUCAGUAUAAACAAGGAAAUAUGGCUGGAAAGGAUAGCAAUAACUCUCGAGGUCCACCCCCGACUAGUCUACCGGACGUGGAAAAGCUUCCUGAUGGAAUGCAAAAGAUCGUAGACAAAGCAGAUAAGGAGGACAACUUCUAUGAUGAGCUCUAUGAUGGAUAUGCUCCUCAGACCACCGAAAGCAAUAUUCGAUACGCGGCUUAUGCUACUCGCAUACGAACAGCCCUAUUAUCUGCGCAACGAUACGUAGCUUAUACAUCAGAUAUCGGGGAAUCUUUUCGACCCGUAGCUCAUCCAAACUGGGUUCGAGCAGCUUAUGGCGUCUCAUGGGCCUAUCUCAUUGGCGAUGUCACACAUGAGGGAUACAAGGCAUACUGUAGGAAUCAGGAGGUUUUGCAUCCGGAACUUCCGCGAGAAGCAAUGCACGAUCGAUACAAUGAUGCAAAGACGGAUCUUAAGAUAGCCGCCAAUGAGAACGGGGUGCCAUUAAAACCUCGUCAAGUUGCGCCACUGGAUGAUUACAGGACAGUAAUGGCACAGCGUGCCCUAUUUCAAGGAAUUGCUUCUAUGGGUUUACCCGCCUUUACCAUUCAUUCCAUUGUGCGGUACUCCGGUAAAUACAUGAAGAAUGUCAAGAAUGUAAGGGUUAGAACAUGGGGCCCCAUAGGUCUGGGACUGGCUGCUGUACCCGCUUUACCUUUCUUGUUUGACAAGCCUGUCGAGGAAGCAGUUGAAUUUGUAUUCCAUAAAGGCUUCGAGGCCUUCGGCGGUAAACCUGCCGUGGGUAACGCACCUGUCACGGGUCGGGAACAUUUGUUAGAGCGACCCGAGAAGGCAAAGAAAGAAAAAGAAUUGUGA